GAUAUUCAAUUCAAUACAAUAAAGCAUUCCGAGAAUACCCAAAAUCAUCCGCUGCAUACACAAUCUGAUCUCACGCCACCAAUCAAUUCAAUUUCCCAAUGGCAACGCAACAGCCAGCCCAACCUCCCAAGGAAGCCGCUUACAAGCAACCCCAAAACCCAGUAACGCACUCUCCGCUUGAGCAGCGCGAUAUUUCCCAACGCCAACGUGGAGAUCCUGUUCCCUCUAUCUUCCGUCGUGCGGCCGACUCGAAGCCCUCCAACGAUGAGAACAUCGCCCAUCUGACUGAAAGGCAUCAGCGUGAACAGAGAACAAUGCAGGCUGUGCCUGACGUCGAUUUACAGUACGGUGUUGAGCAGCAGCCGUCAGAAGGGAAUAUUGCAGAUGCGGUGGAGCAUAAGAAAGAAAGAGCACGCGCUCAGGCGGGAGCGCAUGCUGGUCCCGUGGGCAGUGCCAGCGGACCUGGACAUCCUGGGUUUGGAGAGGAACGAGAUCUGGCUGCGGAUAUGGCAAGGAAGAGGGAAGAACAUGACCGAGUGUUAGGAGAACGGGUUGGACAGAGUCCUCCAGAGCCAGAUGGGGAAACGGCCGAAAGGGAGGCUGUGAGGCAGCGAAAACUGAAGCAGCAUCAGAAUCUUGAUGUGAAGAGUGCCGUUCAUGAGGCCACAGGCGAUCCCGUAGUAGGCCAAUAGAUUGGUAAAAAGUAAGGAGAGUAAACAUGAAGCGUGGAUCAACACAAAGUUCUGUAUCAUAAUGUUCCAUUCAGCUGAAGAAUGAAAAAGGACA